CUUGUCUUGGCAGAACAAUCAGAAAACCAAUCUGUCAGGACCCAUUCCCUUAUUGGGUUUGACUCCUGAGUACUGAGUCCUGAAGCAAAUCGUAGCCGAAGGGAUGAGGAAUGGAAAAAUGGAAAAAAAGGGUAACAUGACUUGGUUUUGACAGUAAAAACAUGGUUUUAAGAAUUCAAGGAAAACGAAUCAUAGACAAAGCUGAAAAAAAAAAUACUUAAAUGCCUUUGGUCCACAUUCAACAGCAAACAAAAAACCAAGCUGUCAUACGCCUACAUGGUAGAUACCAAACACCAAAACCAACAAAUCCCAUUCGCCUCUUGGCUUUUGCUAUCACUGAUGAUCUCCAAAACCCCAAACUGAUCAUCUCUCUCUCUUACAAAGUGGUCAUGUUCUCGAAAAGGAAAACACCAACAGAACGCUUGCUAGUAUUUCAUACUCUUCUAUACUUAUUCGUCCAAGUCCAAGCCAACUGUAGGACUGGCUGCAGCCUUGCCUUUGCUUCUUAUUAUGUAUGGGAAGGAUCAAACCUCACGUACAUUAGCACCAUCUUUAACCAGCAAAUCUCCGAGAUACUUCUGUACAAUCCCCAUGUUUCAAGUCAGGAUAAAAUUGAUGCUGGGACCAGGAUCAACGUACCCUUUUCUUGCGAUUGCUUGAAUGGAGAUUUUUUGGGUCACACCUUUAGUUACUUCACCCAGAUUGGUGAUACUUACGACAAGAUUGCUAGCGACUGGUAUGCUAACCUGACCACGGCGGAUUGGGUGCGUAGGGUGAACGUUUAUGAUGCAACGAAAAUACCUGAUCACAUGCUGAUCAAUGUUACGGUUAACUGUUCAUGUGGUGUUAGACAAGUCUCAAAAGAUUACGGGUUGUUCACGACGUACCCUCUCCGUCCAGGUGAGAAUUUAUCGUUCAUUGCAGCGGAGUCCAACGUAUCCGCGGAGCUGCUGGAAAAGUACAAUCCAGGGUCCAAUUUCAGUGCGGGGACUGGACUCCUGUUUGUGCCGGCAAAAGACCAAACUGGAAACUUUCCACCGUUGAAGAUCAGCACAACUGGAAUCUCGAGUAGAGUUAUCGCUGGCAUAUCUAUUGCAGGAGUUGCUGGGGCUUUAACUUUGGGAUUUUGUAUAUACGCUGGCCUUUACAAAAGGAAGAAAGUGGUGGAAGCAUCAUUACUCCUAGAAGCAUCCCCAGACCACUACAUUCAACAUGGAGGUUCCGGAAGUACCCUGCAGAAAAAUUCCGAAACAACUGCUCUUUUUGCUUCUCCAGGCCUCACUGGUAUCACAGUGGACAAAUCUGUGGAGUUCUCAUAUGAAGAGCUUGCCAAGGCAACGGAUGACUUUAGCAUUGCUAAUAAGAUCGGGCAAGGAGGCUUUGGAUCUGUUUACCUUGCAGAACUAAGAGGCGAGAAAGCCGCAAUCAAGAAGAUGGAUAUGCAAGCAUCAAAGGAAUUCCUUGCUGAAUUGAGGGUUUUAACACAUGUUCAUCACUUUAACCUGGUGCGUUUAAUAGGAUACUGUGUUGAAGGUUCCUUAUUCUUAGUCUAUGAGUUCAUCGAGAAUGGUAAUUUAAGUCAACAUUUGCGCCAGCAGCGAGAGAGAGAUCCAUUGCCGUGGUCAGCAAGGGUGCAAAUUGCUUUAGAUUCAGCUAGAGGGCUUGAAUACAUCCAUGAACACACUGUGCCUGUCUACGUUCACCGUGAUAUUAAGUCUGCAAAUAUUUUAAUAGACAAGAACUUUCGUGCUAAGGUCGCUGAUUUUGGGCUGACAAAACUAUCUGAAUUUGGAAACUAUUCAUUGCAAACACGUCUUGUGGGUACUUUCGGAUACAUGCCACCAGAGUAUGCUCAGUAUGGUGAAGUUUCCCCAAAGGUAGAUGUGUAUGCUUUUGGAGUUGUUCUCUUCGAACUGAUAUCUGCCAGGGAAGCUAUCGUCAAGACCAAUGAAGAAGUGACUGAAUCGAUGGGACUUGUUGCUUUGUUUGAAGAUGUUCUCAAUCAACCUGAUCCAAGAGAAGAUCUGCAAAAACUUGUUGACCCUAGGCUAGUCGAUGACUACUCAUUCGAUGCAGUCUGCAAGAUGGCACGUCUUGCCAGAGCUUGCACGCAGGAAAAUCCCCAGCUGAGGCCAAGCAUGAGAUCCAUCGUUGUCGCACUCAUGGCACUGUCAUCUUCAAGCGAGGAUUGGGAUGUUGGCUCCUUGUACGAAAACAAAGCUCUAAUCAACCUGAUGCCAGGAAGGUAGCUUAGCCACCGCAGAGUUAACCAGUGAUACCUUGAUAGAAGUACCCUUUUCUCGUUUAGAUCCCUCUUGACAUGUGUGAAUACUUGAAUCCAAGUACUGUACAGUACCUUCAGUUCACUUAUUCCUAUUCCUUUUUCCUUGAGAAAAAAUUUUGGGUCUGCUGGAAUCUAUGUAUAUGCUGAGGAAUGAUUGAAAAAGUGGUCAGCAAAUCUUUGUAUAAUUAUGGUUACACACACAUACGCUCCAUUUUCUGUACGUUUUGAAGAGGAACUUUAGGUUGGAGAGAAUGGUAGUUGAGCUAAACGAUAGAUUGUACACUUCCCGGUUCUGUCUGUGCAUCAUUAAUUCAUGUUCUUGAGUGAGAAAA